UCGAUGAUGAAAACUCUGGACGUCAGAAAUUGAAUGUGUGUAAUGUCUAUUUUUAUCCAGUGUUUUUGAGUGUGAGUUUGUCUAUUUUGGUCUCUUUAAACACUGAUUUGUUAGGUAAGAAUACAUCACGAUCAGACAUGGAAGAUGACGGAGAGUUACCCCUUGCGAUUCCCGUAAAAGCCGUAUCUGAACACUUUACGUGUUCGGUUUGCAUGGAUAAACUUAACAACACACACAUCACGCCAUGUGGUCAUCGCUUUUGUGGUAAAUGCAUCAAGGAGUGUGUUAAUAGGAGGUCCAAAUGUCCAAACUGUAAUAAGAAAGUCUCUGCUGACAAGUUGUACUCUGACUGGGCAUUUGACAAUCUCAUCAAAAUGGUGUCGGUGGAAAAAAACAAGGCGGAAAACAAUUACUUCGUUAACUUGAUACAAGAAGCAGCUCAUCACAGUGGUGACACAAAUCACAGAGAAGUCUCCCCUAUUGAAGGCACAUUACAGAAGCAUCUCAAGCUUGGUCUUGCCGCCCAUGAACAGUACUUCCAAGAGUUCAAGAGAGAGUUUACCCAACGUGUUCAAACAGUCGAGUCACAAAUAGAAGCAUUACAAGGAGGUGAAGAUGACGAAACCAUGGCAACGUGUCUACAUGAACUAGAGGUUAAGAGACAAGGCCUACACGCCGAGCUCAGUACGUGUACACAGUUAUUGGUGGAUGCAUACGACAGGUACCUAACAGAUCACUUGCCAACUCCGUCACUACUUCCUGUUGCAAUAUCAGUACGACUGCAAGACAAGAAUAUUGUACUUCAAGACGUCAAGCUCAAACCUCAUAGUAGUUUAUCCGAUAUCAAAGAGGCAAUAAUAUCAAAGAUGGAGGCAAGGGGAGAUCCUGUUAUCAGCUCAUUGGAUGAUCAAGUGCAAUAUAUUCUUCUCGGACCAUUUGAAAAGGGGCGUGUAAUUUCCAACGAGUUUGUACAAGAGCUGUCAUUGGCUGAAGCAGAAAGGUCGGACGCUAUCAGACUCCUACCUGUAGGGUGUCAUCCAGUAUUAGACUUUGCUGUGAAACCUGGGAGCGAGGUUGUACUUGUUGGCCCGGUCAAACUAGAAAGUGAGAUGCCAAAGCAAUGUUUCGCUAGUACAUUUGACAAGGACAAAAGGCUCUCAAUGGAUUACUUCACUUGCAAAGAUUGUGCUUUCAAUUGGGUUUGUCAAUAUUGUAAGGACUACUGCCACAAAGACCAUCAGACAGUGCCGUACAUUUUGGGCCAUCAACCAACAUGGGCAUGCUGUUACUGUCCCAGAAAGAAAAAGUGUCAACUUGGAAAACCAACAAACUGAGGGCGUUAUCAUGAAUAUACAACGUGGGCUGAAGUUGGAUGUUCACUUCAAUGUUUGAAUUUGAACAACUCUUAGUUGUCCCUGUUUGGCCAUCAAGCUACAUGUAUCUGCAUUUCAUAUAGUCUGUACUUAUCAGGAACUAAACAGGGAAUCUGGGGAAAGUUGGCAAUUGAUAAUAUUCCUUGAAGUUUGAAGCUGCUCUAACCUUAAUAAAUACAACUGGUCUCUCAUCAGAAAAGUGGUCGUUCCACUCGUGGAAACGUGCCGCAUACUUGCACGCAAACGUUUACGCCCAUUUUAGAUCGGGUGGAACAAUUGGUUGCGCACUAUGGUUUCUGGCUGGCGUGUUGUGGCAGUGCUGUUUAGUGCAUUGGACUCGUGUUCCGGUUUCUGAGUCUUCAGGGUGUGGGUUAUUAUUCCAAAAUACCCCAUUCAUGAAAUUUCAUUGUGGAGCACCCCAGUCUUUAGAACUUUCAUAUAAUAUGGAGACCUUAUUUUGUCCUUGGUCUCCAUAAGGUACUGAAUAUUAGCACACACACACACACAACUCUGUAUUGCAGUUACCAGGGAUGUGACAGGCUGUUCAGAAAGCAAUAACUGAACUCUUGAGCACAAAGCGCAAAAGCAUGUAGGCUCGAAAACUUACGAGCAUGAAGCCCAGUUAUUAUCAUUUAUUUUAAAAGCCCUACUCUACACUCUGGGGUGUUAUGGAGGAUUCACAUCCCUGAUUCACUGUGUAAAAAUUCCUUGGUUUUGUACCAUUAAGGAAAAUCAAAUUUGUCAACGUUGUGAAUAGCACUGCGUGGACGUGUUUAAGUCCACAUUGUGUUUCAGUCCCUACAUUAUGUGGACUUCUUUUGCUCCAAGGUCAACACUUUGUAUCAUUAAAACACAUAGACAAGGCAGACACUUCAUGUAUAUGUAGAUGCCCCUUCCACUUUGCUAGCGCGACAUAUACAAAUUCCGGUGUAUAAGACUUGAGUUGCAAAGCCAACAGAACUUGCCAGGUAUGGUGAAUACAUGUACAUGUGUCAGUAUUUUUUUAUUAUCAUUUUACUUUUAAAGACCAGUUCUUCUGACCAGUUCUAAAAACCUUGUUUUAUGGGCAACAACUAUAACUAUGUACUGCAGCAUUGUGCUAGAAAUUUUUAGAUACAUGUACUUGGACUUUCAAGUCUACAAAACCUCGCUUUAAAAUGCACUGAACACUAUUGGUAAUUACCCACAAUUAAAGCAUGGAAACUUGCAUAUUUGGUAACAGGCAAUGGCAAGCUGUUGAUAGUAUAACAUGUAAAAGUGUGUUUUUUUAGCGAAAGAGGUAAU